AGUAGACGAACGGAUGUUCAUUCGGAUUUUUAACUUCGAGUGGUUAGCUUGUGCUUUUUCGCUUACGUAAUUAAAGGGAUAAUUGUUAAAAUUUUGAAAUAAAUUUAUAUAUAUAAAUGGUUAAAAUGCCUAAUCAAAAAGACAACUCCAACCACAAUGGAAAUUAUAAUGACGAGGAUAUCAAUGAGCCCGAAUGCUUGCGAAAAUUGUUUAUUGGUGGAUUAGAUUACCGUACCACUGAUGAUGGUCUUAAAUCGCAUUUUGAAAAAUGGGGUAAGAUAGUUGAUGUGGUGGUUAUGAAGGAUCCUAGGACCAAGCGAUCACGUGGUUUUGGAUUCAUCACCUAUUCGAGGUCAACCAUGGUUGAUGAUGCCCAAAAUGCUCGUCCACAUAAAAUUGAUGGCCGCGUUGUGGAACCUAAACGUGCAGUGCCACGUCAAGAUAUUGAUAACCCGCAUGCCGGUGCUACGGUUAAGAAACUAUUUGUGGGUGGACUUAAAGACGACCACGAUGAACAAUGUCUACGCGAUCAUUUCGGACAAUAUGGCCAAAUAACAGAUGUGAACAUUGUAAUUGAUAAAGAGACUGGCAAAAAGCGUGGCUUUGCUUUUAUUGAGUACGAUGACUACGACCCAGUUGAUAAAAUUGUUUGUAAAAAACUCAACUAUUUAUUGUUACUGGCAAUCACAACUGUUCUCAAUAGGAAAUUAUUUUUUUACCUAUUAGGCUACUGAUACCCGAAAACUAUGUCCCGUAGCAUGAACCAAUUGGAUUGGAGUGUGGUUGGAUCAUGGGCCCGUAGUUAUAAUCAAAUUAAAGUCAGCUCUAAAGUUAAAAGCAGCUUGUUUGACAAGUACAUAUCCCAUUGAAAGGCACUUUAAUAAGCCGCUUUAACUUUAGAGAAGAUUAUUUUGUCUAUAAUUACAUUUUUAAGUGGUGUCCCAAAAUACCAAUUUACAACUUAUCAUUCAACUACCUUAAUAAUUGUGAAUCAUAAGGAAUUCAUUUGGCAUAUUAAGAGAGUUUAUGGAAGUAGGUUUUAUUUCUUUCACGCUUACAGUAUAUUUUGCUUAGCUGCCCAUUGUUCUUUGCACGAAAAACUUGUGCGCUUAACCGAAAAAACACUUAAACGAAUUUUCUUUACAACUUCAACGAGGAAGGUAUCCAAAUCCCUAUGAAACCAAACAAUGGAGGAGCACUUACCACGUAGAAAUUACUGCAAGUGAAAUUUGUAGUAAUUAUGUUUGGCUCCGAAGAAUUAACGGCACUCCAAAAUUGAAGUAGAUUUU